CACAGUAAACACUACGCGCUCUGGUAGUGUCAAUAAUAUUUAAUUGUAACUUUUCGAUUGGAAACAUAAUGGCUAUCCGCUCCACGUCCUUGCUCGCGGUUGGCUGUGCGCUGCUACUGGUGGUGGCCUCCACAUCCGUGUCCGGAGCUGCUAUUGAGAACGCGGUAACCCCGCGGAUCCACAGCUCCGACGAGCUGAUCUCGACAAUUGUGGAUAAGUGCUUCCAUGCCAAUGCCAUGCAUUGCCUGAAGGAGAAGGUACUCACCUACCUGGACACGGUAGCCAAUGUGGAGGAGGAGGUCAGCGGACGCGCCCUGGGCGACGAUGUCAUCGAUAAGGUCAUUGUAGACCGCCUGGGCCGAAUUCUGAACACCAACGAAAUGAGGUUGCAGCUGCCACAGACCUUCUUCGCUGGGUCCGUGGUUACCUAUCGCUCGGAUCGCGGCUUUGAUCUGGAGUUGCCCAAGGAUGAGGGUCGCGCCGAGAAAAAGAACAAGGACAAGCUGUUCCUGCCCCUGUUACUGCUGAUGAAGUUCAAGCUGAAGGUGAUCAUGCCCAUCCUGCUGGCUUUGAUCGGUCUAAAGGCCACUAAGGCUCUGAUUCUGUCCAAGAUCGCCAUCAAGUUGGUGCUGGGCUUCCUGAUCUACAACCUUAUCCAGAAGUUAGGAGGUAUGAAAAUGAACAUGGUGCCCAUGCCCGCUCCAGUUCCGGCCAGCGAGUACGGAGUGCCCAGCACCACCGCCUCCUCCUACGAUCCCAGCAACUGGGAGCCCAUGAGCGGAGGUCCCUACGCCCGUUGGGACUCGCAGAACCUAGCUUACAGCUCGUACCACCCUAGCAGCUCGUCGUCCUACUCCUCUGGAUCCUCUUCGGGAUCCUCGGGCUCUUCGUCAAGCUACAGCUCGUCCUCUUAGACAGGGAAAGGCAUUGGCCCAAUUGUAAAUACCAAGGAAUUUGCGAUCCUUCCUAUGGGGGAUUGCUGUCAGUCACACAGACCAAAUGGAACCGGAACCUGCCCCAGGCCAUAAUUGUAGUCGCUAAGGUUAGGAACGCGAGAGUUUCAGCCAUUCUUCAGCACCAACCACAUCCCCACGUAGCCUGAUUCUCCCCUCUUCAUACCUUCUUUCUCAUUGACCCUUCGUCUUUUUGCCUUCGUUACUUUGUCACA